GAAGCUGUCAAAGACUCUGCAGAAGCCCACCAGCCUGCAGCUGGAAAUGGGUCUGUGUGCCCGGUGGUGUCCUGUUAAAGAGAAACCCCUGGAUCUUUGGCCAUGGAGGAGAAGACGGACCAGCAGGCAGAAGCCCGGUCCUUCCUCUAUAGGAAACACUGAUUGCAGAGUUCAAAGCCGCUUUCGACAUGUUUGAUGCUGACGGAGGGGGCGACAUCAGCACCAAGGAAUUGGGCACCGUCAUGAGGAUGCUGGGCCAGACACCCACCAAGGAGGAGCUGGACGCCAUCAUAGAAGAGGUGGACGAGGAUGGCAGCGGCACCAUCGACUUCGAAGAGUUCCUGGUCAUGAUGGUGCGCCAGAUGAAAGAGGAUGCCAAAGGAAAGUCCGAGGAAGAGCUGGCCGAGUGCUUCCGCAUCUUUGACAGGAAUGCAGACGGCUACCUGGAUGCCGAGGAGCUGAUUGAGAUUUUCCGGCAAUCUGGCGAGAGCGUCACCGAGGAGGAAGUCGACUGGCUCAUGAAGGACGGGGACAAAAACAACGACGGCCGGAUUGACUUUGACGAGUUCCUGAAGAUGAUGGAGGGUGUGCAGUAGAGCGCCUGGACAUUCCUGCAAGAGAGGCGGCAGUGCCCGGUCACGCCAGCCAGCCUGCCCGCUCCCAAGAUUCCCUGCUUCCGUUCCAGCUGGCUCCAGAUCGGAGGGGCCAUUUCAGGUCCUCUGAGGACUCCCUUCCUUCUGCAAACCUGUUCAUGAACACUUCAAUAAAGAGCAAUGGACUGGAA